AUGGCACCGCGGGACCACAGAGCGCAGACGGAGCUGACAUACGGGACACGCCCACUAACGCGAGUCAAGAGCAGGUCAUCACAGAGCUGGAAACCGCCACUCUUAUUUGGCAACCCGCUCAAACUACAUAGAUUUCACAAACGGAGCGUCAGGAGACUCGGUAGAUCAGAGGACUGCGCCCCGAGGACCAGAGGCAGCAUGCGGCUCCUGUUGAGCGUCAUUUACCCCGUGCUUUUACUCACGGUCUGCGGCUUGUACCCCUCAAUGACGAUUGGGCCAAAGGAGGGCUGGCAGGUGUACAGCUCGGCUCAGGACGCUGAUGGGAGAUGCAUCUGCACCGUGGUGGCCCCAGAGCAGAGCCUCUGCUCCAGGGACGCCAAGAGCAGACAGCUGCAGCAGCUCCUGGAGAAGGUGCAGAACAUGUCCCAGUCCAUUGAAGUGCUGAACCUGCGCACACAGAGAGACUUCCAGUACGUGAUGAAGAUGGAGAGCCAGAUGAAAGGCCUGACGACCAAGUUCAGACGGAUCGAAGACGACAGGAAAACCAUCAUGGCUCGAAACUACCAGGUCUGA